AUUUGCCGUCAGGGGGCGAGCCUCCGCCCCAUCAUUUUUUUUUUUCUCUCCGUGUUUGUCGCUCACGUUAGCUCACGUUGAAGCUUGCGGACGAGUGCGAAUUUGAUGUCGGCUAAGGUGGAGUGCCUACUUUCACGCUGUCUAGGAGGUGCAUGCAUUUAAUUUCACAGCAGCUACGGAUGACGUAGCCCAGGGGAUGUCUGCCAAGGCUGGAGGGCCGCCCAGUUUUGCAAGGGCGGUGAUGGACACCGCCGAGACGGAUAGCCACAAGGAGAGGGUCGAAAGGUACAAGAAGCAGCGCCGUGAGGAGCUGGCAAGAAAGUACAGCGCUAGGGCCACCGCGGAAGCUAAUGGCACCCAGGCAGCCAGGGCUCCCAAGUCUAAAGCGGUGCCGGCGAGAACUGCCGAAGCCGAGAAGCACGCCAGCGAAACGUCUCGAGGUUGCGAAGAGCCCGCCCCCUCCGAGAGGUCUGCAACUGGCGAGAAGCCGUGCGACAGGCGGGGACUACCUCCCAGUGUUCGGAUGACAAAGGCUUACCACCUGCGCCUGCUCUCCAAUGCCGCCACCAAUGCUCACAAUGCCUUAGAUCCAACUCAGCACAACGCCAAGCCUGAAGCGCCUCAUCGAGGGGAGCGCCACGGCCUCUUGCGGCCUUUGGACCUCAACGAAAAUGUGCCUCUUAAGCUCCGAAGUAACACUGCCAGUGGCCGCUCGGAGAACAACCCCAGUGGAUCGUCAAGAGCCGCUGCAGAGAAGCCACCCAGGCGGAAGGCAGCCGCUGCUGCAAACCGACCAUCCGACGCAAGUCUUUUCUCCAGCUCAGUUUCAGACAAACCCCGGCAGUUGGAACCUUUGAAUUCUCUCUCCGUGUCUUCCCUGGUGCCGACCGAAUCCCAGUCUGCCGUUGCCACCGAAUCCAGUCACAAUCUUCAGCCCUGUGAAGCGGGAGAGCUCAAAAUCUUGCGACCUACCGAGAGUUCAAGUUUCGCCGAAGCCGCGUCACAUCAUCGGGUCUUGGAUGCCGAAGCCAACGUCGACGUCCACCCCCAGCACCAGCCAAGAGUGUUUAGCGUCACCUACCAUACCACCUCCACAUCCUUUCUCGAACCGUCCAAUAGGCUAGCGUUGUCGCCCGAGGGAUCGUUGGGCGCUGAACACCCGAAGCCAAUUGCGUCGCCCCGCGACGAGGCCUCCGAAGACGCCCGAGACGACGAAAGGGCGGAGGAGCCGAGGUCGUGCCGCCGCGCCUCGCUCUCCGACGCGGUGCACGGCAUCCUCAAGGCGAACUCGCGCGACGAGGACGCGUCGGUGGGCGGCGACCGCCGGCCACGCCACUCCAUCCUCAAAAACAAGUCGAGCAGCUCGGAGGAGCGGGACCACUCCCCGGAGCUCCACUCAAUCCUCAAGAGCAAGCCGGAGGACAUAGCCAAGCCACCGCCGGUCGGUGGGCCCAAGCCAAUCCUCAAGCGCCACGACGACGCAGGCGGCGCGCCGAGCGAGCCGAAGCCAAUCCUCAAGCGCAAGUCGGUGGAUGAGGACGGCGAGGAGCGGCCCAAGCCGAUCUUGAAGCCGCAGCCGCAGGGCCGGCGUUGGAGCCACGAGCAAGCGCACGAGGGCGCCGUCGUGGUGCGGAGGCGUUCCCACUCCAUAGAGCUUGAGUCGCGGCCGGUGCUCGCCGUCGUUCGAGUGCCCGCGUGCGACGCGGGCAACGACAUUGGCGAGGGCGGAGGUCCGUCGUCGCCGGUCGCUUUCUUGCGCAGGGGUAGGUCGGCGUCGGAGCCCAGGGUCAUCACCGGCUGGAGUCCGGACUACGCGGCGAGGUGGGCUCCUGUGAGCGUGACUCUUGGCGGCGAGGACUUCGUCGCGGCCGGUGCGUCGGAAGAGUGCGGCGCCGGAGAUUCGGCCGUCGAGCCCAAACUUCAGGGAGCUGUGGGCUCUUCUGUGGACAGUGCGGCCCAGCUCAAGAAAUACCACAGGAGGAAUGCCUCCUGCUACAAGACUCAGCCAGUGACUGCCAGCGAGAUCAAGGCGUCUGACAGCCUCGAGUCGGUGCGGUCAUUCCGUACCCUAGUCUCAAAGGAGGCUUCCCUGAGCGUCUUCAGCAAGGAGGAGUCAGAUUCGAAGCCAGAGCCGGAGGCAGAACCAAAGCCGGACCCACUGCCGAUUGUCAAGCGACUGGAGUUUCCGCAGACGAACAGUCCAGACAGGCGUCCGACCCGCGAGGACCGUCUCAGGCGGAGGACACUGCCAAUCACGGCUGAAGAAAUUAUGGAUGCCACGCAACGGAACGGGAGCAAGCCUGCGGCUGCGGCGGGGGACGAAGGCGGGGACGACCCCAGCGAGCUGAGCGUGGCCGCGAAGGUGUCCCUGUUCAAGAGGACCGUGGACCCGUCCCUGAACGUGCCCGGCAAACGUCCCCCGAAGCCGACCUCGGCCGAGCGCCGGUCCCUGCCCCGCUUCCGGACGCAGCCAGUGACGACGGGGGAGCUGCGGAAGGCGGCCGGGGGCGCGGAGGACGAGGAGGAAGACUCCAAGGAGGACGCCCUGUCCAAGAUGAGCCUGGCCGACAAGCUCAAGAUGUUCAACCAGACGGUAAGCCUGGAUGUGCUGCGUCAGCGGCCUCCGGUGCGCUCCAGCAGCAUGCGACGUGCGGUGCCGGGCAAGCAGGAGGCAGAGUCCACCAGCUCACAGGCGACCCUGGGGCUGCCCCUGACCAGGGCGAGGUCGCACUCGUCGCCACCGGAAGACUGUUGCCCCGCUCCCCCGGCUACGGCGGCUGCUGCCCCCAAGAGCAUCCUCAAGCCUCAGGCAGGACAGCAGCCAGUCGUCAAGGGCAUCCUCAAGCAAGAUGGCCCGGAGACCAAGGAGGACAUCCGCGGAAUACUCAAGCCGGAGCAGAAUCCAGAGCCAACUCAAGCAGCGGCGGUGAAACCCAUUCUCAAGCCGGAGCACAAGCCUACCAAAGAGGAAGACGAAGAGGACGAAACUUCGAGCAGCGAGGGCUCGUCGUCCGAGGAGGCGAAGGCGGCGGAGGAGGACUCGUCGACCAGCUCGAGCGGAGAGGAGGAGAGCGAGGAGGAAGGGGAGGAGGACGACACGAAGCGGAUUCUGCUCGGCGGCCAGCGCCACCUGGUGAUCUCCGAGGGUUCUUCCCCCGUGGCCAGCCGCAAGCUCAUCUCCAACCCGGCCAUCCAGAGGAGGAUAAAUGCGUCGCUGCGCAGGAAGGAGGAGGAGGAACGGAGGAGCACGCAUGAGGUCUUGGCCUCGGAGUCCCGCCUGCGGUCCUACUCGGCCCCUUCUGAGGAUGGCCUUGACGAGAUGGGUCAGCGCAGGCUCUACCUCCGGGACACCAACCGCACCCAGCCAAUCACGCAAGGCGAGCGGUCCAGCUGCGGUGGUGGCAUCGCUCAGAGGCUGGCGGCGCUACGAAAGAGCGGUGAGGACUGGCAGAAGCGCGUUGACAAAGAAGACGUGUCCAAGCCGCAGGUGGCAGUCAUUCCCGUCUCGGAGCUCCGCAAGGAUGUGAUCAUUGAGGUGCAGAAGUCUGCCUCGAUCGGCGACCGCAAGAGCUGGCUGGAGACGUCGUCCGAGUCCUGGCGCCAGCGGGUGCCGGAGUCCGACGCGUCCCAGUUCACGGUGGCCGGAAAGAUGGGCUGCUCGGAGCCGGUUGCCACCCUGGUCGACCGCAAGAGGCGCACCCCGAAGCAGGAGACCUUCUCCGCAGCCACGAAGGCGGAACUCCGGAAACGGAUUCAGGAGCAGGGCACGGCCGUGCUGCCAUCCAUCUUCAGGAGCAAGUCGAUGCCAAAUGCCGCCGAAGAAUUGUCUCGCCUGAAAAUGGAAGAGGCUCGGCCGAUAGCCCUGAUUCCCAGGGAGGACAACGAGACGUUUACAUCCUUCUUCGAGAGUGUCCUACCGCCCUCCAGGGACAAGGUGGACAUCAGCGAGGCAUCCUUCGACGACGUCGUCUGCGACAACGUCAAGCUGGGCCAGAGGAGACAGGUGAGCGUCCGACGGAAAAAGCAGACCAGGGGCAACCCACUGAAGGCUCUGGCGUCUCGGACGGACCUUCACGCGGAGUACGUCGAGGUCCGAACCAACAUUGCGGAGGAAGAGCUCAAAAGGAUCAACAUUGAGAAACUGGCUCAAAACUCUGACCUGGCCCUCUCUGCCCUGGCUGGCUUGGCAAGCACGGAGGACUUCCGCAGAGUCCAGCUCAAGAAAUCGGAGGACACUGGAUCUCUGCUGCCCAACCGAGAGCUCAUCCUCAUUCAGGUGAAGGGCCGCCGGCAUGUGCAGACCCGACUCGUGGAGCCCUCGGUGUCUUCCCUGAACCAUGGCGACGUCUUUGUCCUCGUGACGCCGUCGGAUGUCUUCUGCUGGAUCGGGAAGCACAGCAACAUCAUUGAGAGGACAAAGGCCACGGACGUGGCCCAGAGCAUCCAGAGCAAAAAGGACCUGCUCUUCAAAGGCUCCUCAGAGGUCAAGUUCAUCGAUGAAGACAAAGGGGACAACUCUGCUGACAGCCAGGCCUUCUUCAAACUUCUAGGCGGAAGCCCAGACGAAUGCAGCCCUGCAGGUGACCCUGGAGAAGACCUGAGGUUUGAAGCAGCCAUUGUGGACACAAAUAUGGUGUACACUGUGGAAGGGGAAGCCCUGGUGCCCUGCGACAAGUACUGGGGCAUGCAGCCACGAGUGGACAUGCUGCAGCCCGACAAGGCGUACGUGUUUAACUUCGGGAGUGAAGUGUACGUGUGGCUGGGCAAGCAGGUGCCCAGCCAGCUGCGCAGUCUGGCCGUUCGGCUGGCCGAGGAGCAAUGCAAGGCGGGCUUUGACUACUCAGAGUGCGACAUCAACCCCCUCUUCCCCAGAAUGGGUCCCAAGACGGAGGAGGCGGGGAUGUCGAGUGACGUGCGCCCGAACUGGGCGCUCUUUGCCAAGGUGAACCAGCACAUGGAGCCCGUGCUCUUCAGGGAGAAGUUCCUCGACUGGCCGGACGAUGCCAAGCUUAUCCGGGUCAAGACGCAGGAGCAGGAAGACAGGAAGACGGACUCCUGGGACUCAUGCCUGCGUCCCUGCGACGCCAAGGAGCUCCUCGCCCGGGACCCCGUGGAGCCAGACCUGGAGUUGUCCGGCUCGCACCUGGGACGGGGCCUGGAGUACUACGACAGUCUGGAGCGCCGCCAGUACACCAUCUCCACGCUGGGCCUCAGGGUGUGGCACAUCACCGAAUACGAGCACAGGGCACUGCCGGAGUCCAGCUACGGCCAGUUCCACAGCGGCGACACCUACGUGGUGCGGUGGCUCUACACCGUCACCCAGACAGGUCGGGACCUGUCCGGCCAACGAUCCCGUCAUGCGGGCACGGGCCGCGAGCGCUGCGCCUACUUCUUCUGGCAGGGGCGAGACUCCACGGUUACCGAGCAGGGGGCCUGCGCACUGCUGACCAUCGAGCUCGACGAGGAGCGCGGACCCCACGUGCGUGUCCUGCAGGGUAGGGAACCGCCCUGCUUCUUGAACCUCUUCAAGGGCAGGAUGGUCGUCUACAAGGGCAAGCGCGAAGAGGAAUCCAAGACCUCUGGGGCCUGGCGGAUGUUCGUGGUGCGUGGAGAAGCCCCCUCGGAGGCAGCCCUGGUGGAGACCCGCCUCGGCGUCGAGAACCUGCGCACCCGGGGGUCCUUCCUGGUCCUGGGCACGGGCUGCGGCAAGCUGUACCUCUGGCACGGGGCACAGUGCUGCCGCCACGCACGCCGGGUGGCCACCCACGCCGCCAAGGCCAUCGUCCAGCGGACCCCUGCCGAGAUGGGACUGAGCGCCGGCACGGAGCUCCAGCUCGUGGAAGUGAAUGAGGGCUCGGAGGUUUGCGAGUUCUGGGACGGGCUGGGCGGGGACAAGAAGAAGAAGCAGCACCUCUUUGUCUCCCUUCUCGACUCUCCCCUGGACUUCCGGUUCACGCCGAGGCUGUUCCACGCCACCCUGGUGUCUGGGACGUUCGAGGCCUGCGAGGUGUCCUGCCCGUUCCAGAGGGUGGAUGUCCCGUGCGCCUACCCGUUCCUCCAGUCGGACCUGUACAACGCGCCCCAGCCAGCGGUCUUCUUUCUGGACAACCGGCACGAGGUGUACGUCUGGCAGGGCUGGUGGCCCCAGAAGGAGUCCGACGCGGGGUCGUGCACCCCAAACAGUUCGGAGAAGGUGCGCUGGAACACGACCAGACGGCUGGCCAUGGAGACUGCCCUGCACUACUCUCAGGAGUUGAGCUCGAGCGACCCUCCGAAGGUGUACCUGGUCUUUGCCGGUCUGGAGCCGGUCCAGUUCACCAGCCUCUUUCCCGAGUGGGAGGACCGGGACGACAUUGCGUGCAUCAACAUGAAGGAGGGCCGCACGCACGGUGACUGCCUGUCCGUGCAAGAGACCCUGUCCCAGCUGACGCAGACCCACUACCCACUGGAGGAGCUCAAGGCGGACCCCCUGCCCGAAGGGGUCGACCCCCAGCGGCUGGAGUCCUACCUCGCGGACGAGGAGUUUGAGGCUGUGUUCAAGUGCAGCAAAGCCAAGUUCUACGAGCUGCCAAGCUGGACCCAGAACAAACGCAAGAAACAGGCUGGCCUCUUCUGACCGGUCAACACUCUCGCACCUCCCCCACGCCUUACCUGUUGCCGCAAAACCCUCUGGACGCUUCCUCUACUGUUUUCUUUUUAUCUCCUUAACGCAAGACAUUGUUUCAGUACUGGUGGCUUCCAUUGCUUCGCACGCAUUGUUCCCCAUCAACAGAGUCUUGAGAGCAACGCUCGAGGCUGCAUCUCCUUUUUUUUUUCUUGCCUAACCGAUCUGUUUCCACUUUUUUUUUUAACCGACGGGGAGCUGAAAGGCAACGUGAUCGGUGCAACGUGACGGAUUAUUUUUGUAACCGAGUGAAAGUGUAGUAGUACUUUGAAAUGGAAGGACAACCUGGCCCGACGGGUGAAAAAAUUCGGGAACGGAACGGCCAUGCCUCGAAAACAAGGAAGCAGUGACAGGAAUCAAAUUAGCAAAAUUUUGUUUAUUGACUGUGUAUGUUCAACCCUACGCGACUCGUGGCAUGUGCUUCCCUUAUUUACUUCAGUUCAACAGAAGGUAGGCAAUUGAUUUGGACACUGCAUUGGUUUGUUUCCUGUCACUGGUUCUUUGUGUGCUAGGUAUUUUGAGUUUUCGAAUCUUUGCUACCCCCCCACAUGGUUGAGGUGUCGUACGCUUCUGGAGACCUUGUAAAAUGAAGAGAAUGCGUUUUGAUAUUAUUGUAUUAUAUAGAUACAUAUUUUACGAAAGAGUCAACGGGGUACAAAAGCAAUAUCUGAAGCUUGUCACUCAACAUUUUCAUGCUAUGUUCCAGCCAGCCUGUAAAUAAUAUUUUUUCAAAGAUGAAAUUUUUUUAGGAGGCGGUUUGUAUGUGCACGUUUCUGUACAUGUCCAGUUUGUUCUGUUCCCCUAUUGGAAACAACUGCUUUUGUAGCUGAAACAAGCAUCUAUUUAAUUUGUCACUUCAAUGACUUUCUUGGCUAUGGCACUUGGUUGUGCUUGGUUAGCUGUGCUUUUGUACAUAGCCUGUAAAUUUUGUUUUCCCAACGGAGCACAUAAUGAGUGCAGUGUUCGAGGAAGACUUGUCUUUUUUUUUGUAGGGUCCUGAUUUACUCUUUGAUGCCGUUUUUACUUCUCUAGGCUUUGAAUCCUUGGGCGUGCGACUAAAAUCCUAACGUCGUCGAUAACUUCGGAGCAGGGUGUUGUACGUAGUUGUUAUUGUUCCGUAAAUGCACCGAAAUUGGUCGGAGAGCGUAUAGCUUAGGAUCGAAACCAUUGUGGUCUCGUGUGGAAUCAUUCUUUUCUGUUGUUGGUUUUUACUUUAGUCAUUGAGGCACAGUAUUCAUUUGGUUGUGUUAAGAUGGGAAUCUUUGGCCGCCGGUGAUGAAAAACCCAGUGAUAACCUUUUUUUUUUUUGUUGGUGAAUCUGAUCUGCUCAAGGUUGUCGGCUUCGUAAGCCUCUUUUUUUAUCCCCAGUCCCAUUUUUGUGGCUGACAAAGCUUACCCCCGCUUUUGCAUUUGCGUUUUUUCGAUAGCUCAAGACUGCCAAUUGGGCUUUGUGUGCUCUGCCAAAUUAGCUUAUCUUAAACUCUCAUAUGAGCAAUGCUGCUGUCAUACUUAAGCACGCAGAGUCUUUGGUCAGUCUCGGAGGUCGUGCUGUCUUCAAAGAUAGCUUUUCCUCAUUCGUUAACAAGUCGUCAUAAAAAUCUAAAGGCGCUGCCUUGAAUGUUUUACACAAUGUUUUUUGAGGCUCUUAUUGUGCAAUUUUUUUCAGCCACGAAUAAUUUGUUAGGAUUUAUUAGAAUCUAAUUGAGGUUGUGUUCCCUGCUGCAUUUUUAACGGUGGCAAUCUUUUAUGCAUAUGGGACAUCGGGAGUCGGUAUAAAAGCUGGUUCGGGAAGUCUUAACUGCACUGUAUUUUUCGCGAGUGUAAAUGUGUGUCAGAGUGUGUUUUAGAGUGUUUUUAAGUGUGACAACUAAUGUGACUGGAAAUGAUUUUUUGUAAAUAAACUGGUCACGUGGGAAUUGCA